AUGGCAAAUCUCUUUUCGAUAACACUUGUCAAUGUUCUCUCUAUUCUAUCACUUGUCAAUGCACUACCGCAGCUCCAGUCGAGAAACCCCUUAGCCACCCGAGAUGAUAUACCACCUAUUCCACCACGUCCUGAUAACGUCGGCAAAGAAACUUUUCAUGGGAGUCAAUUUCAAUUCUUUGACCAGCACGGUUUCGUUGCUGGGUCUCCGGGUGUGGAAGCCGCACCAGUCUUUCUAUUUUCCAGAACCCAGAAGAUAUAUGAUCCUUGCUACCCUGAGAGCGCUGUCGUGAUAGGCUCCAAUCCACCAAAGCCGAAUCCCGGUACAGAUGGUGACAAAGGGACAGCAAGCGUGAACCCUGGUGCUGACUGCACUAAUCCUGGGACUUACAACGGUGCAUAUACCCUCGGCAAUCCCUUCCCCGUCUACGUUGGUGCCGCAUACUGUGGCGAUACAUGGCGUGUAAACUACGAUCUAUACUAUGUGCACGAUGGCGUUAUGCUGGAGGGCCACAAGCACGAUUGGGAAGGCGCCACAGUAGUCUUCAAAAAAGACCCCAGUGGCGCAGACUGGUGGUAUCGCGACAGCAUCAUUGACAACGAGCAUGGCUGGAAAAACCACUACGGCUGGGGCGACAUCAUCACCGUCAACGUUGACACGGGAGAGUUCACCGAUGUCAAAGACGAGACAGUCGGCAAGCGUCUCAACCAUCCUAAAGUCUAUGUUGGAUUUUUCUCCCACUCUGCUUUUCCUGACAAGGAUACCAGUCGCCAGACCAUCACGGCUACGAAGGACAAGUCUAUUGCGGACGACGAGUAUCGUAGCAAUGACUGGUGGAGACUCCCACGUGGAGGCGACAUGCAUCUUUGGUCUGAAAUCAACAAGGAUUGGAAGUAUGGAGAUGCGGACAGCACGCCACCGUCAAAUCACGACAACAUGUGCGGAUGGUAA